AUGGCUACAUUUACUGCCUUUCGGCAAGUUGUUCUCCGCACCGUCAUUCGGCCACGGCCAAUACUUCACUUAGACCGACAACUUCUUGCCCUUCCUCGCUUGGUUCGAGCAGCCCACGACUCUUCGGCCGACAAAGACAAGAGCAAGAUCCUACGCGACGAUAAAAUUCCGCACAGACUCGUCCAGCUCGUCGAUCCAGCAACUAAGCACCUUCUACCCCUUCGUCCGCUUGCCGAGCUUCUCGCGUCUAUCGACCGAAAGACGCAGUUCGUCGAGCUCGUGGCCGAACACCCGGCUCCUAUAGUGAAGAUCAUAGAGAAGAAAGCCGCGUACGAGAAACGCAAGGAGCAAAAACGACGCGCGAAGGAAGUGAAACGGCGGAAUAUUCAGAAGGAGGUGCAGUUGACAUGGGGGGUCGCGCUGGGGGACCUGGAGCAUAAGCUGAAGAAGGUUCGCAGUGAUUUGGAGAAAGGGUAUAGGGUGGACUUGGUGUUCGCACCAAAAUCAGGCCAUGAAUUGCCAUCACCAACAGAAAUGCAGAACCGCGCGGACAAGACUGUCGCGCUGCUUUCUGACGUCGCUAAGGAGUGGAAGCCACGAGAGACGCGAAAGACCAUGAUCGCUAUAUACUUCCAAGGUCUCGGCGAAGCUGGCCAACUUGAGCCCGAAGAAGGGGAUCAAUAG